AUGUCAAACUCGCCUGCAAUGAUCAUGAGACCCUGGGUGUGGUCACCCAGAUUGUCCAACACUCAACUCUCCGUCGGACGUUCGGUGGUCAUGUUCACUAGGCACAUGUGGCUGAUGCUCACACCCGAAAUCUUCAAGGGCAUCAGACCUCACCCAAACUCGCUUCAAGAGGCCAUGAAGUGCUGGACAAUCACCAGCAUCGAUGACACUCUCGCUGCAGUCGCAUUUGAAGCAUGCAAUGCCGGGCUGAAUGAUAGUACGGGCGUCACUCCUGGUCGCAUGGGUCCGAAGUCGAGGCCCUUCCUUGACAGGUGCACUCUGUUCUUUCCCGACCCUGAUGCCGCCCAUAAGGACAAUACUCAGUGGUCUGGGCUUUGGGAGGGUGAUGGAUACAUCGCAGAAUUUCACAGGACGAUGAAGGCGAUGGAUGAGGAUCAGCAACAGUUGCUGAAACAGGGAUUACGUGAGGUAUUUUCGGAACUUCACUGCCUUCCUGCUAGCGGAGCAAGAGUGUGGACGCAAAAGAACGAAGCAAUCGUGUUCACGACCAAUCCCAUAUUCUACAAGAUCGACUGUAUUGGAAAGGGAGGCGAGAGCCAGAAGAGGGCCCCAAAAGCGCGACGAACGAUGAAGCUGAUCAAGGGUAAACGCAUAUUUGCAGCUGACCUCAUGGACUCUCAACCCUUCGACACUGAUGGCAAUCUGCGGAGAAAGACAGAGAGACAGAAGCGGCGGGAACUUCAGAAGCAAAUGACCAUGGCCAAGAAAAACAAGAGAGUCCCCCCUCCCCCACGUCCACGGAGACCAUUUCCCAUCACCCAACUAGAAAAUAUUGUGGAAUGA